AUGGAGAGUAUUGAUGAUCCUUGCACAACUCCGAGAGAUGGCAGCAACCGAGAAAUUUGGUCUGAAGAGAUAGGGUUUUUGCCUUACUCACUUUUGCUUGGUUGCCUUUAUGACCGAGAAACUCCUCCUCCAACUUAUACUUCAAUUAGGGUUUUGAACAGAGAAAGACCUGGUGAUAAACAAUCCCAACUACGUGGAUAUGAGCUGGUGAAAGAAGGAGGGCUCAAAUGUGUUGACGAGCAGGUUUUAGCGAAACAGAAAGGCAUAAUUAUAGAUGUUAUUGGGCAAGUGACUGCUUGCUUACUACAGGGAAAAGGAGUUGUUGGAUUAAGCUUACCAAUCAGACUAUUUGAACCUCGUUCUACAUUAGAAAGAAUGCUUGACAGAUGAAGCUUCAUGCCAGUCUAUUUUGAUGGAAUUAACAGGGUUGACCGAUUAGAAAAAUUCAAAAGAGUGAUCGCAAUGGCCAUUGCAGGACUUUAUAUAAGUCCUUCUCAGGAAAAGCCAUUCAACCCUCUACUAGGAGAAACCUUACAAGCUGAAUGACCAAACGGCACCAAAGCAUUUUGUGAGCACACUUCUCAUCAUCCCCCUAUUACGAAUUUUUAUGUGGAAAAUCGGCAUUUCAAGAUGCAUGGACAUUUAGAGCUGACAGGAAAAUUUAAAAAAAAUUCUUUAAUUGGAGGUUUUCAUGGAAACGUCAAUGUAGAGUUCACUGACGGGCAGAAAAUAUCGUUUACUUAUCCAAGAUUUAGGGCGGGAGGAAUGAUAAUGGGCAGCAGAACUGUGAAUUGGGAAGGAGACAUGGAAUUUGUAGACGAAGCAAAUGGACUGAUAGCGACGCUUAUUUUUGGACCUGCAAAGAAAAAAGGAUUUUUUUCGAAGGCUGUUGGGAAAUUAGAUGAUUUUAAAGGAAGCAUUAUGGAAAAUGAUGAAAAAAUUUGUGAUGUUAGCGGAAGCUGGCUGAGAAAUUUGGAGAUUGGUGAUACUGAGUAUUGGAAUAUUGAUACUCACAGACCUGUUUUUCACACUUUUCCAGCAAAUCCAUUGCCAAGUGAUUGGAGAUAUAGAGAAGAUUUAGUGUGGCUGCUUAAAGGAAAUUCUGAAAUAGCUCAGAAAUGGAAGAUUAAAGUAGAAAAUAGACAGAGAGAUGACAGAAAACUAAGAGGGUUGAAGUAUUAA